GUUAGUUGAUAAUAAUUUUAAUUUGGCGUUUGGCAUAUUGCCGGAUUUUUUUAUUUUACAAACUACCUAGCUCCUAGUCUAUUACGAUUACUAAGCAUUACAUUUUCUGUGCGCAGUAAACUUCUAGUGAAUUAAUUGUUUUCAAAGUGUGAUAUGUGUGAUUGAGUUUUGUGUUUAGCCAGAUGGGAAGUGAAUUAAAUUUAUCAGCGACUAGAUCCAGCGCAAUUAGCUGGACAUGGAUUGGGUUAAUCUUGUCCGUUGUAUGGAAUUGGACCAGUGGCUGGUUCAGCUGGACACGACAGUCAGAUGAGAUGCUAAGGAAUAUUGAAAAAAAAAUAUUAUCAUGUGUGAAGACAGUAUACAAACGUUUUUAUGUGGAUAUUGGAUCAGUGGUGGGUCAGAGCGACAAGAUAUGGACUAUAUGCCUGAACGAGGAAGCGCCUCGCGCUCCGCUAGUCCUGUUGCAUGGCAUGGGAGCUGGUCUCGCGCUCUGGUGUACUAACCUAGACGCCCUUGCAGCUCAGCGACCUGUAUACGCUAUUGACUUACUGGGUUUCGGUCGCAGUUCGCGGCCCAAGUUCUCUUCGGAGGCGAGCAAGGUGGAGGCGCAGUGGGUGGAGUCUGUGGAGGAGUGGCGGCGCGAGGUCAACCUCGACCAGAUCAUACUGCUGGGCCACAGUCUCGGCGGGUACAUCGCUACUGCUUAUGCACUUAAAUAUCCCGAAAGGGUUCGUCACCUAAUUCUGGCAGAUCCGUGGGGCUUCCCUGAGAAGCCGUCCAACGUGUACGAGAAGUACCAGAUGCCGCUGUGGGUGCGCGCGGUGGCGACGGCGGUGCAGCCGUUCAACCCGCUGUGGGCGGUGCGCGCGGCUGGCCCGGCCGGCCGCUGGCUGGUUGGCAAGACACGACCCGACAUACCGCGCAAGUUCGCCACCUUCCUGCCCGAUGCGGACCAACUCAUACCUGAUUAUAUAUACCAAUGCAACUCCCAGACGCCCAGCGGUGAAAGUGCAUUCCACGCAUUGAUGACCGGAUUCGGUUGGGCUAAGAACCCUAUGGUGCAUCGUGUGGGGUCACUAUCACCGCGUCUGCCGGUCACCGUGCUGUACGGCAGCCGCUCCUGGGUGGACAAUUCCACCAGCCAGCUGCUCACCGAGCACAGGCCCAACUCCAUUACUUAUGUACAGGUGAUCAAUGGCGCUGGUCAUCACGUGUACGUGGAUAAACCUGAUUUGUUCAACAAGUACGUGUUAGAAGCGUGCGCGCGCGCCGACGCUUACGACCCGCGCGAGACCGACACCGGACCGGAGACCACCGGCCACGGUCCUGACCAGACCGCCGGAGACCAGCCACCAGAUCACAAUAUAAAGUCUUGAUGUACAGAUUAGUAUAAUGCUUGUAUUUAUAGAAUAUGUCUGACAAUAUUUGUUAGUUGAAGUCGUCAUUCGCAAUAUUUAUAAUUUUUUUGUCUAAACAAGGACUGAGUUU